AUGCGAGCACCUUCUCUCUCAUCUUGUGCCACGUUGCCUGAUCCCACUGCUGCUGAUGAAGACGAGGAGAUGCCCAAUCUUGAGGAUCCUAGUGAGUUCAAGGAGAUGGAGGAUGGCAAAGAUGUCAAUGAGGAUGAGGGCAAGGGCAAGGGCAAGGAUGAGGAUGAUGAAGAGAUCCUUGCGCAGACUGUCUGUGGGCUCAGUGCAAACAAGUCCUUCUUUAGUGGUGGUGUUUUGACACUUUGUAGCCACAUUUCUUGCAAUGGUCAAGAUCAUUUCCCCGUUUACAAGAAGUACUGUGACGAUAAGAAGAUCCCGCUCAACAACCAUGCCUAUCCUGAGGGAUACAAUAAGUCUGGCAAGUUGGGAGGGCUCACGCAGACCACUCUUGAUGAGAAUGCAAAGGUGGAGGUACCUCUCACAAAGCAGGGGCUUCUCAAUCACAUUGUGGAGAUGACCAUUUGUAUUGACAGCGUCCUCCAGUUUUGUUGGCCGAAGCUCGCUGAUCAGGACAUUCCCCAUCGGACCAAAGUCAGCACAGAGAUCAAGGCGAAGCGGGACACUGAAGUGAAGCGUCUCAAGAAGGUUUUUGAGAAAUGUCCGGGUGAUAUAUCUCUCACCUUUGACACGUGGACCUCCGCAGCAGGGGAUCCUUACCUUGGGAUCACUGCACAUUACAUCGACUCUCCAGAUGAUCAACCAACAAUGGGGGAGCUCAAGUGCGACCAGAUUGCCUUCACUCAGAUCGAAGGUGAUCACUCCGGUGGGCGAAUCCGACUUUCUGAUAUCUCAACUCAAACUCAAAUCACAGUAGCUACAAGUGCUCAAGGAGCAACUCUUGCAACCGGGCAGGGGUGA